AAAGAAAAAGUACUUGCGUUGUCAACUGCCUAGAAGUUCGAAGUUCUUAGAAAUACUAUUAAUUUAAUUUGUAAUUUUAAUUUAUUAUUGGUACAUAUUUAAUACAAUAGUCAUAAGUAAUAGUUUUAGUUGUCGUUAAUUUAUAUUUGUAUAUAAUUAUUUAUAUAAACAAACCUAGAUACCCUUAUUAUGUAAUUUAUAUUUAAAGUGAAUGAUUCUCAAUCUACAAUGGGUUCUAAAGGGGCAGUUGUAGCAGAUCUCUUUCGUAAAGCGGUUGCCACUACAAAAUGCUUCGAUCAGAACCUUCGUAAGUUGAAAGUGGUAGCAUGUGGCGAUGGACGCAUGGUGACCGAGUUUAAAGUUGGUCCAGAACACCUAAAUCAGAGAGGAACUCUCCACGGAGCAUUUAUAGCACAUUUAGUGGAUGCAAUUUCAACAUAUGCCCUAACAACAAAUGAAAAAGUUGACACACGAGGUGUGUCUAUUGACUUAAGUGUAAGUUUUCUCACAGCUGCUAGAGAAGGUGAUAAUAUAGAAGUUGAAGCUGUUACGAAAAAGACCGGCAAGAAAAUAGCAUUCCUGGAGGUGCAAGUUAGAAAUAAAGACAAAAAUCAAGUCUUAGCCAUAGGUAGACAUACCAAAUAUAUAGGGGUAUAGAAAAUCUUAGUAGGUAAUUGAAAAAAGAAUAAAACCAACAUUGUUUUUUUCUCUUUAUUGAACACCAAGAAGUUAAAAUACAUCAAGAAGUUUCUUAGUUCUACUUUCUACUAUUAAAACUCGAAAGUGUCAGAUACACUGAGAACUGUUCAAAUUGCUUAAAUUUCUAAUUAAGUCACUAAGUUUAUCUAGGAACAACUAGACUUGUUUAAAGGGGCUUACAGAAUGUUAUUGAAUGAAAAGUAUUUAUUUUAUUUUUAUAUUAUUUGAAUACAAUACUAACUUAUCUUCACGAAAUCAAUUUAAAAAUAAAUGCCAAUAGGUAAUGUUUUUGAAAAUAUUAAAUCCUUGUUUCUUUCAUAACCCAAUCAAGUUAAAAUAUUCAUAAUUCAUAGUAUUAGAGAUUACAGAGAUCUGAUUAAUAUUAAUUAUUAUAAUAUUAUUCUUAAAAUAUUUUAUAUAUCAUGUUUUAAUACUACAGACCUAAGUAUAAUAUUUAUUAUAACACUCGUCUUGUCACAAACAGGAAUAAUGCAUGCAACUACCUUGUAGGAGAAUGUUACUUUCUCAUAGUUUUUCAAAAAUCAAUUGAAUUACUUCAUUGCUUCAUUGACACUAACAUCAUUAUUUUUUUUUCGAAAACCUAUACUUUUCCUAGUGACUCUAAAUCCAGACAAACAUACUCUUAAUAAGUGACUAUGCAUGCAUAAACAUACAAACGCACAAAAACUUACUAUUCUUUAAUGAUUUUAUGAACAAUGAAUGACAUUGGUAUAGGUAUUUACUUAAUAUAGUAGUAAGUAGGUAGUGUUGCCAAAACUCUUUCCAUUAUAAAGGUAGAAGUAGAAACUACAUAUAAGUACUUAGGCAUUAAUUUAGACUAGAUUAAGUUGCAUUUUACGUAAUUUCCAUACAUAAACAUCAAUAAUAUAUAGUUAGAUAUGAUUUAUUUUUAUUUCAAGGGAAGUAUUUCGGUAAAGAUACUUUCCAAUUUAUAAUAAAUAGCAAUCUUGUGUUUAUAUUUUAUUAUACCUACUUGAAAUUGUUUCUUUAUAACUUGAACGGUUAAAAUUGCAAUUGUUAAAAUUGGUGCUUUAAAUUGCAUUAGAUUUCGAUAAAUUGACUAAUGAUUAGUAUAGCAUAUAGUAAUUUUAAAAUGUGAACUACAAGUUUAGCCGAGACAUGUUUUCUCGAGUGACUCAAGUCGUUCUUUCAGCAUUUCGACAGUUUUCAACAGACCAGCUUGGGAAUCUUUAAUUUGGUUGAAACGAUCAUCAUCCAAUGCAUCGGUAAGGUCUCUUCGCCGACGUGCUGCCCGCUCGGAUCUGUCGUCACCGCAGCUCUCACAGUCUACCCAAUAUCGGAGCUCUAUCGAAGACAAAUCAUCGCAUGAAAUGAGGCCGUCCUGUGCAUCAGGUAAUAUGAAGACAUUUUCUCCAAUCGUAUCAAUAUUAUCGCCGUUGUCACAUAAAAUCCGCGCCAGACUCGUCUGUCUGAUUUGCUCAAGUUGCACGGGUUUGAACAUGGUGGGAUUUUCAUACCAAAACCUGUCACCAUCCCUUAAUCGCGCGAA